AUGGUCGGUAGCAAUGCAUCUUCAUUCACUCAGCCUACUCCGGAGUCUCAGGAGGCCAUUCAAAUGCGUGCCGAACGCAUGCAGCAGAUCGUAUCUGAUGCUGCGGCUUCUCGAAUCACGAACGAUUCAGCGAUCCAGCGCCUUCAGGAGAUCGGAGCGAAUGACCAAGAAGUACGUGACUACCUCGAUCAGCUCGUUGACCAAGAGCGAGAGAAACUGGGAGGAGAGCGUGCAGGAGGAUCAGGUGAACGUGAGCCUAGCCCCAGUCAAUCGACCGAAGGGAGAGGAGAGCGUGUUGAAGAAUCACAAUGCGAGGCAAACCCAGCCGACAAGCUGGCCUGGGCAAUCGUUAAACAAAAGCUCCUCUCGCUGCGUCAACCUCGCGGCCAGGUCGCUAACGAGGAUCUGUUGCUCGAAGACCUGGCUAAGGUUCUGGGACGGUCUUCCGAGGAUAAGGCCGCUACUGGCAUCCCUCAGUCCGUUCUCGCUGCCGCUCCCCAUCUGGCAUCCAUCCUGCCAUCUUCGCAGGACACUCAUCUGGCAGAGACGUUCCGCUUGCGUCAGCUGUACGCAACUGAGCAUGCAAGUGACCCGAUCCUUGACCUUAUGCAGCAGCAAGGUCUGCAGGUUCCUCUGCCCCGAUCAAUAUGGAAAGACAUACUCUUGGAUCGGUAUGUCAACUUCGAGAAGUUAUUCGCAUCCAUGGAGUUGGGCUAUGACCAUGACGACGAGCCUAAAGACUUGGCAGCCGGCUUCGCUAUCAUUAAGAAGGACCACUCAUCGUCUCGUCGCCCGGUCCGCUUUGAAUCUGACUGGAUUCGCAUCUUCGGCGCAUGGGCAGAUGGGGUCCGGUGCCUCUACCCUCAUCGGUCGAAUGAAUUGGAUCAGUAUCGGACGAUUAUCCUGGAGUUGUUUCAUUCGAUGGCAUCCGAUCCAUCAAUUGCAAUUGGUGUUGAUCGCGCCGCUCGGGAUGCCUACUACAAAUCUCCAUUUCAUCUUGACGAUCGGGCGCGCCUUCAAGUCCACAUUUUCGCUGAGAUUAUGCGUUCAACGUCGCAUACUGCCCUGGGAAAAAGGUCUUCUGCUGGCUUGUCGGCGGCGCCUUCCAAGCGCGCGGCUACGCCGUGCAUUAAUUGGAACCUGGAGCGCUGCAAUGAUGACCACUGCACAAACCGGCGCAAACACGGAGUCUGCUGUGAGUGCGGAGGUCAGCAUCGCGUCAAGGAUGACUCGGCAUGCUUCGCUGCAUUCAAAGCACGAAAAGCACCAGGAAGCGGUGGAAGCGGCAGAGGCGGCUCAGGUAGCAGCGCGAGGACCUAG